AGGAGGAGGAGGGAGCGGGUCGGGUGUGACGUCAUCCUCACUGCUAAGGCCGCCCUCUCUGCGGGAGACGUCACUAGAAAGAAACGUCUGUGCGCUAUACGCGCUGACGUCACCGGGGAGACGUCCAUAGAGGAGUGUCAUUGAGGGUCCGGUAAGCCAGCUGGAAAAAGUAAAAUUUUUACGUGACAGCACGGAUCUUGAAAGGAGCAUUGAUAGAGCACUAUGGAGCCAAGUGAUCACCACCCUCCUGUCCAGCAAGAAGAGGAUAUACAUGUUUCUAGAAUGAUGGCUGCGACCCGUCCAGAAGUCCUCCGGCUCUAUCGGAAAAUUUUCCGACUAGCAAGAAAAUGGAAGUCGUCCUCAGGACUGGAGGAGAAGACCAUUGAGGAAAGACAGUACAUUGUAGACGAAGCCAGAAAGUUAUUUCAGAAAAAUAAAAAUAUAACAAAUAUGGAAACCAUCCAUCAAUGUAUAGAAGAAUGCCAUGCACGCACUGAAAUAGCGUUACAUUAUGGAAUCCCAUACCCCAGACCUACUCACCUGCCUCCUAUGGGACUGACUGGAGCACACAGUAAGGUCCUGCGCACACAGGAGACAAUGAGAAAACAAGCCAAACCUCUGUACUUGAAAUCGUAUGAUGAAAUCUAAUAGUGCCGACAAAACUGGUGCCAUUGCUAAAGGGUAAAACAACUAAUGUUCAGCGUGGCAAUCUCUCUCCAGAACAGACUUAAAGGCAAGGAGUCUUUGUUCCUCAUGUGUGCCCUAUAUUCUUUGUUUCACUGGUAUUUUCCCUCAAUUGCCUACCCACACAUUGGACUCAAAUUCCACCAUAAAUACAAAUGGACAUACUGUAUGAAGCUGCAUUAGUAUCAGUCUCCCUUGUCUGCUAUGGAAAGAACACUUUGUCCAUACAGACAUUAUAUAUAACACACUGCCUAUUUAAAGGGGUACUCCACCCCUAGACAUCUUUUCCCCUAUCCAAAGGAUAGGG